GGGCACGGACGGGCCGGGCAUGGACGGGCCGGUUCUCGCCGCCGCGCCCGGCGGAGGGGCGGACGAUGGGGCGCACCGUGAGGCGGGCGGGCCCCGCUGGCUCCCGCCCCCCGAGCAGGGCACGGGCCGCCCGGCAGAGCCGCGGUACGGGACCCCCCCGGCCAGCCCGCAGCCCACCCCCACGGGCCUGCCCACCCUCCUGGCCUACAGACCCGAGUCCUCGCAAGAAAACGUACACCACGAGGCAGAGGAGGAUGCUGAGCCCACGUGCGAGUACUGUGGCAACCUGCUGAGGCCGUUCCCCUUCUGCGAGGACGGGGCUCCCGCCGAGGACCAGGAAGGCAGAUUCUGCUGCGAGCGCAGCCGAGAGCUCUAUGAGUUCAUCAGGAAGGAGAAGAAGAGGCUCGAGGAUGCCAGCAGCCUUCCCAGAGCUGUCAGCACCCAGGAAUCCCUCAGCUCUGAAGCCAACCUGCCGCUGUCAAAGGAGCAAACUGGGAGGCAGCAGAAGAGACACCUGGCUAGAGAGUUGGCUGACCAGUCUUUAAGGCCAAGUGCCACUAAAGGGUCACAGCAAGCUGGAUCCAUUUCCUACGAGCCUUCCCAGGAACUCCCAUCUCCCAAAGCCGGGUCACCAGUGCCUGUUGCAAGUGCAGACGAGCCCCAGCCCCAUUCUGAGCCCGAGCUCCAUUCUGAGCCCGAGCUCCAGCCCAAGGAGAAGCCCGAGCCCGAGUCCUGGCCUGAGGAGAAGCCCAAGCCCGAGUCCUGGCCCGAGGAGAAGCCUGAACUGGAACCCCAGCCCAAGGAGGAGCCCGAGCCGGAGCCCUGGCCUGAGGAACCCGAGCCGGAGCUUCGGCCCGAGGAAGAGCCCGAGCUGGAGAAGGAGCCUGGGCCUGAGCCCGAGUCCCAGCCUGAAGAGGAGCCCGAGCCUGAGAAAAAGCCCAGCUGGGACAAGAAACCCAUGUCCCGCAGCGUCCUCGGCUACGAGUUCAGUCUGCUGGGGAAAAAGGUGGGGAAGGGUAAAUUGGUGCAGAAGUACUACAAAAAUGGAAAGAAAUUCCUUACCAUGCUCCCAGACGGAACCUCGCAGUUAUUCUAUCCAUCUGGAAACCUGGCCAUCAUCAUUACACAAGCCAGAGACGAGCUGAUGUGCAUAGUACAGGAGGACGAGCCGAGGACAGUCAAAAUCCGAGCACUGUUUCAGUCUGAUGGCAGGAGCACAUGCUAUUACCCGAGCGGAGAUGAGUGGAUAAAUAUGAGUAUCCAGGGUGGGCAGUAUUUGGACCAAGCAGGAAACAGGGUGAGAAGGUGGAUGUGGCCGAACUUGUCACCAGGACCCCAGGUGCCACUGAGCCCCAUUUUCAUCUCCCUGAACCGCCACGUGGGGGUCAGGAUCCUGGCCCAGGACAAGAUCUUCGUCUCCUUCCUCGCCAUGGGGCGACAAGCAAAACUCAACAUGGGAACCAAAGUGCAGGUCAGCACCAGCAGCCAGCUGCCUCCUCCAGCCCGGCUGGGUGAGGAUGAGCUCCUGCUGCUUGCCUUCCGCGUGAGGAUCCUGCAGCUCUUUGACAGGAUGCGGGGAUGCCUCAACUUCCCUUCCAGUGAGCAGUGGAACAAAAUGCAGCCUCCCAUGUACCUCAUCACCCAGGCUGUGAAGAUCCUGGAGCUCUGCAUGGCUGCUGACAUAAGUGAUGAGCUGCGCAGCUCCAUCAAGGCGAUAGUAAACACCCAGGAACUCUGACCAGUGCGUGUGUGGUGUAAGGCAAAAUGAGCCAGACAGUCCCUGAUGCUGUGGCACCUGCACGUGCUCAGCAAGGUUUCUCCUCGGGCCCUGCCUGCCCUGGUGCAGAGCAAAGGGCAGCCCAGGGCUGAUCCACACAGCCCCACAUGGGAGCAGGGCAGGCGGUACCAGCCCGCAGUGACAACGCCUUGGUCACAGAGGCACGAGAGGGCUUUGCUCGGGCAGAGCAGGCCCGUGCUCCACAGCAGCGCACUGCUCCUGAGCAGGCUCCCUCCUGCCUACAGCCCCAGCUGAGUCCGCCUUCAGCCCUCGGGCAAAGCACAAGGUUCAAAGGGCACAGCCCAGCCAGGGCUUGGGACAGCUGCACAGGCACCCACACAGGUACUGCUCUGCCACUCCUGACAAGAAGGUGGCAGCAGCAGGGAGCCCCCAGUGUUCCUGGUGCCCAUGGCAGCUCAGCCAGCUGCAGGUACAAGACAAGGUGGUUCCCUGCACAGAGAACAAAUGCCUUCAGAGUGCCCAAGUAAUCACCUAUGCUUGGCUCCAGGGAGCACCAGCUGCAGCCUGCGCUGGGCUCGGGUUCAAGCACUGCAAACAGAGCUGUCAGGGGGUGUUCAGAGGCCCGUGGUGCUGCAGUCAGCAGUGAGGAACGUGCCAGGCUCUCAGAGCUGCCUUUGAAACUAGGGGUGCACUGGCCAGCUUCCCCUAGGGAGGCCACUCCUCAA